AUGAACGCCGAAACAGAGGCUAAGCGCCACGAUGAUAUCAAACGUCUACAUCAGGAGAUUGAAAGUUGGCCUAGCGAGUUCCUUUCACCCAGCGACCUUCAGCGGCUUGGAAUCCAUGCUCUACAGGUUGACACGAGUGAUGACGGCUCCCUUCAGCUAGACCCAUGCUUUUUUCAACCCCUACGACCUCAACUGCUGCGCGACUAUCCAAUCUGUUCUGACUCUGAAAGACUCGCGGAAUUAGAUCUCCCCUUAGACUGGGAAGGUACUUUGAGGCGGACGAGGGAGACUUUUCCGCAUGAGAAAGAACUUGAAAAACGCGCAGCACAGGUAUUCCAGAAUGUUCAGGAACUAUAUACUCCGGAGGAUUGGUGGCGGCGUGCUCGGGAAACCCACGAUCAUAUAUGCAGUCAACUAAAUGUCUGUCGAGAUGGUUUGCCUGGGGAUGGGUAUCCGUCUUUGAGGCAGUUCGAGACUUUGAACGGGCCGAAAUGGAGGAAUACAUAUCGACGAAGGGAUCAACGGACGUUUGAGGAUGGGCUAUGUGCUCAAGCGUGGCGCAUCCCCCGCGAAUACGAGGAUAAGGCAAAGAAGCACGCUAUGCCUCAUGCUCUCUUUACAAUCAUCGCUGACGUCCGGGCCAACAAUUAUCCUCAGAGCCUCACUCGCUGCGAGAUGAAAGCCAUCAUAAGAGUGAUGCGGGUACGAACAGCAGUCAACCCAUAUCAACGACAUCUAAUUCAGCCGGCGUUAGUUUUAUCGUACAUGGGCCGGAAGCAUGGGCGAAUCAUUCAAGCCCAUCAUGAUGGUGAACGAAUGACGAUUCAAUACUCGCCCCUUUGGAGCUUCGAGGAUGAGGAUACCGCACCUGUGGAGUUGUUUGUUCGCUACAAUCUGAGCAUCCCUAUUGGACUACAGAAGGAGACUCUGUGUAUUAGAUGA